AUGCCAUCUAUGUUUUCUUUGAAAGGAGCUCUUUUGAGCACUCUUCUGUUCCAAGGCUCUUUCGGCCAUGAGGCUGCGCCCAACCGUCGCCAAUUGAAUCUCGGCAAUCUCCUGAACAGUGGCAAUCUCGGCGACCUCCUCAAUGGGGGCAAUCUCGGCGACCUUCUUGGAGGGGGCCUCGGUGAUCUCCUAAACGGCACUGCUUUGGGUGACGUCCUGAAUGGCGGUAACCUGGGCGAUCUCCUCGGUGGAGCCGGUGGCAACACGAAUGAUCUUCUUGGGUCCAUCCUCAGCCAGCUUGGCCAGCUUGGUCAGGGAGGACUGGCCGAUCUACUGAAUGGAAAUAACGCCAACCAGGCUGGCAACCAGAACAAUAACCAGGAUGGAGCCACGGGUAACCGAGGUAAUAAUGCUGGAAACAACGCCAACAACGGCAACAACGGCAAUGGCAACAAUGGUAACGGCAAUGGCAACAAUGGCAAUGGCAACGGCAACGGAAACGGCAGAAACAGGAACAACGGCAACAACGGCAACGGCAAUGGCAACGGCAACAACAACGCCGAUCUCACUGUCGAGCAAUGCAGUGCCCUCUCCGAGGCUGCCGUAGCAGCUAGUUCUAUCCUCUCCUCUAUCUCAUCUACUGCUGCGGAGACCGCCACCGCAACGGACGCCGCCACCAACACUGAAGCAGCCACAAACGAAGUCACACCCACUCCCGAUAUCACAACCCUUAUCCCUGAUGCAACCGCUACCGACGCUGGAACCGAGACCGCGACUGAUUCUGCAGCUGCAACCGAGACAGCCGCGGAUUCGAGUGCUGACGGAGAAGCCGCCACCGACAGCGAGGAAGCCUCUGGAAAUGGACGAACUUCCAAUGGCAAGUCACGACAACGUCGGUCUCUGCGGCGUCGACAGCAGGGCCGAGGCCAAGGAGACCGAGCCGGCGCAAGGGCCGCCCGAACCCGAAACCGAGGGGGCAACAGAACUGGCCGCACUCAACGUGCUGCGGAAAGGGCUUUGGCGCAGGCUGCCGCCGCUUCUGAGCAAUGUGCCGCUCUUGGCGUCACGUUGCCCGUCGGCGAUGCUGCCACUGCCACGGAUACGGCUACGGCUACGGCUACAGCCACCGAUGCGGCGACUGAUACGGCGACUGACGCGGCCACAGACACGGCUGCGGAUACCGCUGCUGAUACCGCUACAGCCACCGAUGCGGCUACGGACAGUGCCACUGAUAGCGCAGCCACUGCAACGGAAACCGCAAGCGAGACUGCUACGGAUGAGAGCGCAGAUGCCACCGCCACCGCAGAUGGAACUGAUUAA